CCCAGGUUCUCUUUCUUUGAGCUUUAUGUUAACAGUGAGGCUUAGAAUUUGCACACAUACAACAAAGCCUCUAGACUUUUUGUUUUUUAAUUUUGUUUUGGUCCAUGAUAUUGUUUGCAAUUGGGACGUAAUAUAGGCUCUGCUUGAACUCAAAUCUCAAGCCUUGUAGACAUGGAAGGCUCUACCUUUGGGAACUUCUGUGGUGCUGCUAUGAACUUGGAUUUUAUGGAUCAACUCUUGUUUGAAGGAUGCUGGUUAGAACAGUUUUCUCCCUCUCCUUAUACUGACAAUCUUUCUAAAAACCAAUCCCCUGCUGCUGCUGCUUCAUCUUCAUCACAAGAUGGAAGCUUUAUUGUUGAAGGAUCAUGUCCUUCUUUACCUAUGAAACUCAGGCUAAUGCAAGCUAUAACAUAUUGGAAGGAAUCUACAAAAGAUAGGGAUGUUCUUAUUCAAAUAUGGGUACCUGUUAAAAGGGAAGGCAAGAAUGUUCUUACUACCAAAGGCCAACCCUACUCUGUUAAUACAAACUGCAAGAGUCUCAGAAUUUUUAGAGAUGUCUCCAUUUCCUACAACUUCCCUGCUGAGGAGGACUCAAAGGAAGCUGUUGGGUUGCCUGGCCGUGUGUUUUUGGGGAAGUUGCCCGAGUGGACGCCUGAUGUUCGUUUCUUCAGAAGUGAUGAGUAUCCUCGUAUUAGCUUCGCACUCGAGUACAAUGUUGGUGGAUCUCUCGCACUUCCGGUUUUCGAACGAGCUAGUGGACAUUGCUUGGCUGUUGUUGAGAUUGUCACAACUGCUCAAAAGAUCAAUUAUCGACCCGAACUCGAAUACAUCUGCAAAGCUCUUGAGGCUGUUGAUCUAAGGAGCUCACACAACUUCAGUCCUCAAUAUGCACUGACUUGCAAUGAGUUGUAUCAAGUUGCAUUGCCUGAGAUAGCUGAGGUCCUAAGAUCUGUCUGCAAGAUUUAUAAACUGCCUUUGGCUCUCACAUGGGCCCCAUGCUUCAAUCAAGGUAAAAGCGGAUGCCGGCAUUCAGACGAGAAUUAUUAUCUCUGUGUUUCCACCCUGGAUACUGCUUGCAUCGUGGCUGAUGACGAAUUCUUGGGCUUCCUCGAGGAGUGCUCCGAGCACCACCUGUUUAGAGGACAAGGAAUAGUUGGCAGAGCAUUCACAUCGAACAAACAAUGCUUUGCAACUGAUAUAACUGCCUUCAGUAAGACAAACUAUCCCCUCUCACACCACGCUAGGAUGUUCGGACUGUGUGGUGCGUUAGCUAUUCCGCUACAAAGCAUUUUUACUGGAUCGGUUGAAUUUGUUUUGGAGUUAUUCUUGCCCAAGGAUUGCCAUGAAAGUGAAGCACAGCAGCAUAUGCUGAACUCACUGUUCGGUUUUGUGCAACUGGCUUGCCAGAGUUUGCAUGUUGCUAUGGACAAGGAGAUGGAGGAGGAAGUGAUACUGCCGGCUAAGGAAAUGGCAGUUGCUUCCGAUGGGAGAUCAGACAAAGAAGAAAAUAAACCUACAAUUUCUUCUCCAAAGGAUAACUCACCGGAGGAGUCAUCGUGGAUCGCCCACAUGAUGGAGGCCUUGCAGAAGGGUAAAGGUGUUAACGUCUCAUGUGAAUAUCAAAAAGAACCAAAAGAAGAGUUCAAAGUGACAACCAGUUCGGAAGACGUCAGGAAAGAGUUAUAUAAUGAGCAUCUACUUUCAGAUUUUGGGCUCCAUCAAAAUGCUGGAAGCACAGGUAGUUUUGAGGGAGGUGGCGGUGAUACCUCCUCAUCCGGUGGACGUCACAUUUUAGCCCCUAAAAAGGCAGGCGAGAAGAAACGGACCAAAAUGGAGAAGACAAUCAGCUUGCAGGUUCUUCGGCAGUAUUUUGCAGGGAGUCUCAAAGAUGCUGCUAAGAGUAUUGGUGUGUGCCCUACUACACUCAAAAGGAUAUGCAGGCAACAUGGGAUCACUCGAUGGCCAUCUCGAAAAAUAAAGAAGGUAGGCCACUCCUUAAGAAAACUUCAGCUCGUAAUAGAUUCGGUCCAAGGUGCUGAGGGUUCCAUUCAAAUUGGAUCAUUCUACUCGAGCUUCCCCGAACUGAGCUCGCCAAACUUUUCCAGCAAGGGUCCUUCAUCAUCAAAAAUCAGUAGCCAAUCAAAGCCAUCAGAACCUCAACCCGAGAGUGGCAUGUUCGGUCAAGGAGCUGCUGCUCCAAAAUCUCCAACUUCAUGCAGUCAGAGCUCUGGUUCAACUACCUGUUGUCACACAAGCAUGAAACAGCUUAAUACUGGUCUCAAUGCCUUGUGUAGUGCAGAUGGGUUGGCGUUGGAAAACCACGGUGGAGCACUAAAGAGGGCUCUCAGUGGUGCUGAAUUGCAUGCCAUGAAUCAGGAGGAGCCUAAGCUUCUUGAAAGAUCCCAAAGCCAUAAAACAUUCGGUGAGCUGCCUACUGUCGAGACUUUGCCUCCCUUGCCAAGAAGUGGUGGCUGGAAUUUUCGAAUCAGGGGUGCCAUAAAAGUAAAAGCUAUGUUUAGAGAAGAUAAGAUACGGUUUAGCUUGAAACCGAAUUGGGGUUUCGGGGAUCUGCAACAAGAAAUUGCUAGUCGUUUCAGUAUCAAAGAUGUAAGCAGAAUCAAUCUCAAGUACUUGGAUGACGACGACGAGUGGGUUCUUUUGGCAUGUGAUGCUGACCUCGAGGAAUGCAUGUACGUAUACAAAUCAUCCCAAAGCAAAACAAUCAAAAUAUCACUCGAACAAGCUUCUCUUCUGAAUCUAGGAAGUUAGUUUGGUAGAAGUGCCCCAUUGUGAUACCAGGAUCAGUUCCCUGAUCAUGCCAGGGAUGGUUGGUAUUUUGGAUUCUGGUGCAAGUUGAUGAGUGUAGCAGUUUUCUUUAGGAACAUUUUGAUUUAUCUCCACACAUUAACAAAACAAUUAUGUAAA